CAUUGUAAAUAAGAAUGUGUUCUUAAUUAAGUGACUUGCCUAAGUUAAAUAAAGGUUACAUAUGAAAAAAGUCACAAUUGACCUACAAUGCUUCAUGGAUUUGAAGCUCUCCAACACGGCCAAAAUAAUGAAAUUCAUAUUUUCGAUAUGCUACCUCUUAUCUAAUUAUAUAGGAAUUUGUGGAGUACUUUACAUCUACUGGUGUAUUUCAUGGUUGUCAUUUUUGUGCGUUUUGACUUUGAGGCCCAUAAAAAAAGGGUGUUGAUCCACAUUCUCUCAACUGAGCCACACUCCCAUUACUACAUGCAUAAAUAUAAACCUUAGCUACAUUGAUAGUAACAGAGUGGUAGUUUCUGAUACUAUUCAUUUUAUUUAUACUCACAAUUGUGAAGUGUGUACAUAACAUGAACACCCUUUUUGGAUGAUCUGCAUCCUACAUAUUGAGCAACUAAAGUUUGAGUUGAUCACAGAGUGAAACAAGGAGUUAGACUUUAAUUUUAUUUCAACAAUUAUCUGUUUUUAUUCAUAGGCAUUGAAGUGAAUGUAUGCCAAUAGGACCAGGUAGUAGGAGGAGUGUUCCACUGCACCAAUAAACGCUCAAGUAUUUGUCUGUUUAGUGCCCAGUUCUAAAAAAGCAGCUCAAUCCAUCCAGAUCCCCUCUGUAGCAUUACUCAUUAACCAGUCCAGCCAACUGUAUUUGUUUGUUUUGGGGAGGAUGAUGUGAUGCAACCAUAGACAGGUGUUCAUUAAUUGAUGUUAGUUAAUCCUUCAACAGUUGGCUAGAACACAGUCCCUAGCACAGAAAAAGGUUUCAGAAACACUGGGCUGGAUAGCACACAGCCGCAGUGGUUGCAUCUUCAGCAUAACAAGACCAAAGCAGUAGGAUACAUCUUGUAUAAAAACAAACUAGUUGACCUGUCAAUGUGGAUAAUAAGAAUUGGCCUGCUUGACUGCUACUUAGCUGAGUAAUGCUUUGAUCACCUAGAUCAAUGCUGACUGCUGAGUAUGUUUGACCAUUAUAGACUGUUUAAUCCUUUGGAUCAAAGGUCACAGAGGCUAUAAAAGAGUCACUACUGCCAUAGCUAAUAAUAACCAACAUGAAGCUCUUUGAUUCAGAUUUAACAAAUCAUAUUGGUGAUGGUGCAUAUUUUGUGUACUAUUUAGGAAACAGUGUUACUGGUACCAAAAUGUUCAGAAACUCUGCAUACCAUAAAUACAAGAGAUGAAUACACAAUGAAUGCAAUAUCGUAAUGCAGCGGUGGGGCUAGAUCUGUGCACCACUUCACAUUUCAAUCAUAAUUAUUGGAAUUGCCAUCUCUGAUCCUGAGAUAUCAUCUAAUAGGACUUAGCCAAGUGUUUACUAUGGCUGUGGUGAGAACGCAGAGGUAACAGCUAGAGUGGAGAGUUCACCAGCUAUCCGUCUGUCAGCUUGGAUACUUCCUUUGAUCAUACUGGAUUUAUUCCUUCACCCUUCGCAUCUGGUGCUCCAGUAUUUAAGUCUAACCUAUGGUGAAUCAGGGAUUUGUGUCUGUGAAUGUUGCAUGGGAGGCUGGCACCAUCCGCACCAGGUCCUGGUAAAUAUUAGACUAGAGCAGCCUGGGAAUCACUGCCAGCUGCCCUAGAUAAGAGGACAAUAGAGCAAGUUAAUGAUUCAACCAGCGUUACAGAUGGACAGACUGCUUAAAUGUCCCGUUUGGGGAUGAAGAGACAGACUGGAUGGGUUGGUGUGUGCUCGUGGAGCAGAGAGAAAGGGGGAAUAAACGAAUGCCUUAAAUUGGUCUGAUUCCUUGUCUCGGAUAACCCGACUCUGUGAUUAUUACGCAUACAUGGCUAAGCUGGUGGAGUGUGUGCCCAACUUCUCGGAGGGCCGUAACAAAAAGGUGAUUGAUGCAAUCGCAGAGGCCAUUUCCAGCACGGAGGGAUGCAGUCUGCUUGAUGUGGACCCUGGAUCCUCCACCAACCGUACAGUCUACAGCUUCGUAGGCUCGCCAGAGGCUGUGGUGGAGGGUGCAUUGAACACUGCACGCACUGCCUUCCCACUCAUUGAUAUGACCAAACACACAGGGGAGCAUCCCCGGAUGGGCGCCAUGGACGUGUGUCCCUUCAUCCCUGUCCAGAAUGUCACAAUGGAGGACUGUGUCAACUGUGCCAACAUUUUUGCCCAGCACUUAACAGAUGUGAUGCAUGUACCUGUGUAUCUUUAUGGAGAAGCAGCGAGGAAAGAGAACAGGAGAUCUCUUCCCUCUGUCCGGGCAGGAGAGUAUAGCAUUUCCAGCACGGAGGCCUUGUCUGAGAAAUUGAAGAGGACAGAGUGGGCUCCUGACUAUGGCCCUGCCACCUUCGUGGCCUCCUGGGGAGCUACAGUAGCAGGGGCUCGCAAAUUCCUGGUUGCCUACAACAUUAACCUCCUCAGCACGAAGGAACAAGCCCAUCGGAUCGCACUAGAUAUCCGGGAAAAAGGCAGAAGCAAAGACCAGCCGGGUCUGAUGAAGAAGGUGCAGGGAAUGGGAUGGUACCUGGAAGAGGCGAACAUAGCCCAGGUGUCCACCAACAUCCUGGACUUUGAGCUGACGCCCGUCCACACUGUUUACGAAGAGAUCUGCAGUGCGGCCAAGGACCUGAACCUGCCAGUGGUGGGCUCUGAGAUUGUAGGCCUCAUACCUCUGAGAGCCGUGCUGGACUGUGCUGACUUCUACAUCCAGAGAGACAGGCUCUUCAUUGUGGAGGAGGAGCACAAAGUCCGCCUGGUCAUCAGUAAACUUGGGCUUGAUUCACUUGGGCCUUUCGUCCCCAAAGAGAGAAUCAUAGAGUACAUGGUGGAGAGGACUGAGGAGGACAAGCGUUUGGUGUCUCUGUCUCUGCAGCAGUUUGUCCGCAGCGUGGGAGCCAGAACCGCUGCUCCGGGAGGAGGGUCAGUCUCUGCUGCCAUCGCUGCAAUGGGGGCUGCUCUGGGAGCCAUGGUGGGUCAGAUGACCUAUGGGAAGAGGCAGUUUGAUAGCCUAGACAGCAUCAUGAGGAGACUCAUCCCUCCCUUCCAUCAGGCCAUGAAUGAACUGCUGGUCAUGGUGGACGCAGACUCCAAGGCGUUCAGUCGCUAUAUGGCUGCAUUGAAGAUGCCAAGGAACACAUCAGAUGAAGUCAAAAGGAGGGAAGCUGCCAUGCAGGAGGGUCUGAAGCAGGCCGUGGUGGUCCCACUGUCUCUGGCUGAAAGAGUCAACCUGCUGUGGCCUUGUCUAAAGGAAAUGGUGAUCUACGGAAACGUGGCCUGCAAGUCUGACCUCCAGGUAGCAGCUAAAGCCCUGGAAACAGCAGUGUUUGGAGCCUACUACAACAUUGUGAUCAACCUCAAGGAUAUCACAGAUGAGUCCUUCAAAGUGACUACUCAACAGAGAGCAUCAGCUCUGCUUACUGAGGCCAGGGAGAGUGCUAAUGCAGUCCUGGAUACUGCAGAGAGAAAAAAGUGAAGAAGUUACCACAUUACCAAAGCAUCCCCCACUGCCUGCCUAGGCCUCAAACCAGGCUUUCACAACCAUCAAUCUAUUGCAAAUAAACUGGGUUCACAUAAAUACAUGCUUUAUCAACUACUCCUCAAUGGUGCUCCUUUGCUUUGUUAGUUCACUAAAUACUUACGUAAUGUACUGUAUAGCAGCAGCCUACACCAAGCCAGGAUGUCACAGUGUUCUUAUCCACAGCGACUUACAGGCGCAAUUAGGGUUAAGUGCCUUGCUCAAGGGCACAUCGGCAGAUUGUUCACCUACUUAGUUCGGGGAUUCAAACCAGCAACCUUUCAGUUACUGGCCCAACCUCUUCACCUCUAGGCUACCUGCCGCCCUGAAUCACACGAAAUAGAAUAGUACUACACGUUUUUUUUCUUCUCUCUUCCACUUCGACAUGAAGCUAAAAUGAUAGAGUAGUAUUAUUUGCUACUGAAUGACAAAGUGAUGCGUUUCAGGAUAUGAACUCUGUCCAUACCUCAGCUCCACCUGUGUAGUACAACAGGCAGGAUGACAUGACGGGAAUUAAAGGGUGUAGUUUAUCCAGUUCCUAUAAAUAAGAGAACAUCCUUCACACAAGACAAAGGACAGAAUCGAGAGCUGCUUACCAACCAGUUACAGGCGUGUACACUCUUCAUUUAAUCUGCGUUCUAUGUUAACUAAAAUACAUGCAUUAUUUAUUUUUUGAUUUCUGGCAUAUAUUCAGUAUUUGUAUAUCUCAAAUGAGUAUUCCUUAUUCUUUUGAUUACAUGUAAUGUAUUGGAAUAACUUUAGAUUUUGAACAAGGAACUUUUGGGCAGGUUAAUCUGUUUUAUAAGCCUUAUAUUAAUAUGUUCCAACAGUGAUUAUAAAACGGAAUCCUUUGUUGCAAUUUUCUUACCAAAGUAACAUAUUUCAUCGCCGGGACUUGAAAAUGUUUGGCAGCAGCUCAGGUAAAAUAUCCUCAUUGUUCUGUCUGCUCUAUUUUGCUUAGCAGUUUUGAAUGAUAAUUCUCCUUUUGACUGAUUCUCUUUCCUAGGUGGUCGUCACCCCCCAGGGUAUGACGUAUAUCAGCAGAAACAUCCCCAGGGGGACCAAGGGACCAGGGGCCUGUCCUCCUGGGGAUAAAGACCACCACUCCGGGGGAGAUGAGACCAUGGUCCUCCAGAGGGUUGCUACCCCCCCCAGACCACAGAGGCAGUGGUAACCAUGGAGGCAGACACAGCCCUGGUGGUAGAGACCACCAUGGUCAUGGUAGUGGUCAUGGUCAUGGAGAAGGCCAUGGGCUUAGAGAAGGCCAUGGGCAUCGCCACAAGAGGCACUGAAGAGUAAGAGUAAUACACUUCACUCUCAAAGUGAAAUUCAGCCAUGAUUUUCUGAAUGACCUUAACCCAAUAACAAUCUACAACAUUCAUGUAUUUGACAUUGUAAUGUGUAUAAACCCAUUGAAUAAACUUGCUUUCAAUUGUAUUUUAAUAAUCUGUGAAACUGAUAAUAAUCCAUUGAAGCAAACUGUUGGGCAAAUUAAGUUUUCCUUUGAAGAUUUACAAGAAUUAUGGUGACACAAACAAGGAACUUUAUCUUAUGGUCAAAAUAUUGUGCGCUACCCUUAUUUACUCAGCAGCCAUGGAGCUAACAUUGACAUAACCCGCAGUCCAAACAAUACCCUGAGAGACUUGUUUUGAUGGCAACAAAGGCCAGGUUUCAUAGCACAGUAAACACCCACAAUGACAAAGUGAUCCUGUUAUACAGGCUAGAAGACAACUUUCUCUCACAGUCAAUGAAAAAGAUGUGAGAGCCGCCGACUACGUCUGUCCUAGGAGCCAAACAUGAAAGAUUGGAAGAAAGGGAAUCAUAUUGAGGUAGUUUAUUGGUUUGAGGAAAAAGGAAAUGAAACCAUUUCCAAAAAAUGUUUUGUUUUGCUACAGUUGCAUGGUGUUUGGUUUAAACUAGAACUACAGAAUUGACAGACACUUUCGAUGGUGACCUCUGCUCUGGCUUGUUGUAUAGGGACAUAAGCAUUUGCUACCACUCGUGAUCUGUGCCUCCCUCUAGUUGCAUUCUUGGUCAUUGUUAGUUAAUGCUUCCAGUAUUAAAGUCAACCUAUUUGUGAUUUGAUGAAUGAAUAUGAUAUUGCUAUUGAAUAACGCAUAUUGAAUAACUCAAGUGUUCAGUGUUGCUUUCAUUGGAUUUGUCUCCCCAGUCCCUGUUGCACAAGAAGCAUAAUAUGUAUGAGUGUUUAUAUUGUUCAUCUGUGUAGGUGCAGGUCAACCUAAUUAUUUUCAGUCUAAACUGUAACUAGGUCACUCAGGAACAUUCAAUGCUUUCUUGGUAAAACUCCCUACUCCUUGCCGAUGACAAGCACACCCAUAACAUGAUGCAGACA